AUGUUCAAGUUGGUGGUAUUGUCUGCUUUGCUCGCCGUAGCUGCUGCUCGUCCCGGUCUCGUAGAGUCACCAGUAGUUUACUCUGCACCAGCAGCUAUUGCCGUACACGAACCUGCUUUGGCUAAAGUUGGUGCUGUUGUAAAGAGCAUUCCAACUGCUGUCUCUCAUCAAAGUCAAACAAUUGUACACAGCUCCGCACAUGUCGUUGAAGAUGUUGUUGCUCCUGUUGUGAAAACCACUCCUGUUGUACACUCAGUUGCUGCUGCUCCAGUCGUUCACUCCGUUGCUGCUGCUCCUGUUGUACACUCCGUUGCCGCUGCUCCUGGUCCCGUAGUACACUCUACUUAUUCUGCUGUUUCACCAUUGACUUACGCUGCUGCUCCAGUUGCCACUUAUGCUGCCUCAUCUCCACUCACAUACACAGCCACUGGUAUAUGGUAAUUGC